AUGAGAGGAGAGUGGAACGGUUUACAAGCACUCUUUAUGAAGGAUUGUCCUUAUGCAUAUUAUGUUCAUUGUUUUGCUCAUCGAUUGCAACUUGCUUUGGUUACUGCAUCAAGAGAAGUUAAACCAAUUCAUCAAUUCUUUGAGAAGUUGAAUUUAAUUGUCAAUGUUGUUUGUUCUUCUACAAAGCGCCAUGACGAGUUACAAGCUUCCCAAUUAGAUGAAAUUGAACAUUUAUUAGAGAUUGAUGAGAUUGUAACGGGUAAAUGUGAAAAUCAAAUUGGUACUUUGAAGCGAGCAGGGGAUACUCGUUGGGGAUCACAUUUCUCUUCUAUUUCUAGCUUUAUAAAUAUGUAUGAAGCAACUUGUUCUGUUUCAAGAAAAUUUGCAAAGGAAGGAUUAAGUUAUGCUUCACGUGGAGAUGCAGAUAGUGCUUAUAAUUAUUUGAAGUCAUUUGAUUUCAUAUUCAUAUUGCAUUUAAUGAAAGAAAUUAUGGGGAUCACAAAUAUUCUUUGUCAAGCUUUACAACAACAAUCUCAGGAUGUAGUUAAUGUUAUGCAUUUGGUUUGUUCAACAAAAACUCUUAUUCAAGAAUUAAGAGAAAUUGGUUGGGAUGAAUUGUUUGCUACUGUGAAGUCUUUUUGUGAAAAACAUGAUAUUGAGAUUCCUGAUCUUAAUGAUGUCCAUUCAACAACAAGAUUUGGUCGUUCUCGUCUUGAAGAAAAUCAAGUAACCAUUGAGCAUUAUUUUAGAGUUGAAAUAUUUUUCACUACCAUUGACAAACAAUUGCAAGAGUUGAAUAACAGAUUUAAUGAGCAAACGAUUGAUUUGUUAACUCUAAGUUGCGCUUUGGCUCCGACGGAUAAUUACAAGGCUUUUAAUCUUGAUACCAUUUGCACUCUAGUUGAAAAAUAUUAUCCUAUGGACUUCAAUGAGCAAGAGAAGACUAAUUUGAAAUUUCAACUUCGGCAUUUUAUUAUUGACGCUCGUCAAGCAUCAAGUUUGAAUAAUUUGUCAACUAUUCAAGAAUUAUGUUCAUCUUUGGUUGCAACUGAAGAGAAGGAAAUUUAUUAUUUGAUUGAUAGACUACUCCGCCUUAUCAUGACUCUCCAUGUAUCUACAGCUACUACAAAAAGAUCUUUUUCGGCAAUGAAAAUUAUCAAGACAAGGUUGAGAAACAAAAUGGAAGCUGAUUUUCUAGGAGAUAGUAUGACGGUUAACAUUGAAAGAGAAAUUGCUGCAAGUAUUGAUUCUGAGACUAUUAUUUAUGAUUUCAAGCUACUCAAAAAUCGUAGAGCAUUACUUUAA